AUGAAGAAAGAGAAUUGGACUUGCUUAAUUGAGAUUGUCCUACUUGGCUUUUCAGAUUUUCAGUCUAUGCGAGAACUUCUGUUUUGCCUGGUUCUAAUAUUUUAUCUCAUGUCAUUGAUGGGCAACAGCUUGAUUUUGAUCCUCACCAUUUUCAGUCCUACCCUGCACACCCCAAUGUACUUCUUCCUCUGGAACUUGUCCUUUGCGGAAAUUGGCUACACCUCCUCCAUCAGCCCAAAGAUGCUAGUAAAUUUGUUAUCAGAGAACCAAAAUAUAUCCUUUUGGGGCUGUGAAUGUCAAAUGAGUUUCUUCAUUCUCUUUGGUAUUACUGAGUGUUGUCUUCUUUGUGUUAUGGCAUAUGAUCGCUACAUUGCCAUUUGUCAACCCUUGCAAUACCCAUCUAUCAUGAACCUCAGGGAAUGUACUAAGCUUGCUGCUGCUUCAUGGGCCAUUGGUAUUUCUGUGUGUGUGGGGCAAUCUAUUUCAAUAUUUACCCUUCCCUUCUCUGGGUCAAAUAGAAUCAGCCAUUUCAUCUGUGACCUUAUGCCUGUUCUGAGACUGGCGUCCACCAAUACUUACAAAAAUGAGGUGGCCAUUGCCACAGUAACAGUUUUAGUUAUUCUGGUACCCCUUUUGCUCAUCCUGUUUUCAUACAUCCUCAUCAUUUCCACUAUUUUCACAAUGCCACUGGCCAAAAACAGGCACAAAGCCUUUUCCACUUGUUCCUCACAUCUCACUGUGGUCUGCAUUUUCUAUGGAACUGGCAUUAUUACGUACAUUCGUCUCAACUCAGAAUAUUCCAUGGACAAUAGCAGGUUCCUUUCUCUGCUCUACACAGUGGUGACCCCAAGUUUAAAUCCCAUCAUUUACAGCUUGAGAAAUAAAGAGAUAAAAGCUGCUUUCAAGAAAUCUAUAAAAUCUAUAGCAAGGAAACAGAUCCUCUUUAUGGGAUAA